AUGAAGGUCCUCAUCAUAGGCGCAUCCGGCUUCAUUGGGUUGCCAAUCUCGCAGGCCUUAGUGCGCGCCGGUCACAUCGUCUAUGGUGUAACGCGCUCGGACAGUAAGGUGAGGACGUUGGCAGCAGAGGAAAUCAUCCCUAUCGUCGCACCCAUCGACAACCCCUCCAUCUGGUUGCCGAUGGUCGCGACCCUGGAUGUGGUGAUUGAGGCGAUAAGCGGCGAGGUCAACGUCCUCUCAGAGAAGCUCCUCGCCGCCGUCACGGAGGCUGUCAAGCAGUACCGCCCGCCCCAUGCCCCGAAGCUCGCAUACAUCUAUACUUCGGGGUCGUGGGUACAUGGUGAAAACCGCAAAGAUGUCAUUAGUGACACAACGCCGAUCACCCAGUCUGUGGACCUCGUGGCGUGGAGGCCGACGCUCGAGCAGAAGGUGGUCACGAAUCCGGUGCUGAAUGGCAUAGUGAUCCGCCCUGCGCUCUUGUAUGGUCGCUCGGCAUCCAUCCUGGGCAUGCUUUUCAAGACAGCAGAUGAAGGGAAGGUGAAAUGGUUUGGCGCGCCGGGAGGUCGCUACGCACUCAUUCAUCAAGACGAUCUCGGAGAGUUGUACCGCCUGGCUGCCGAAAAAUCAGCCAUCGUUGGAGGAUUGCUCUUCGACGCGGCAAACGACUUCACUGAGAGCGUUGAUGACGUCCUGCAGAAGCUCGUGGAGGUAUCUGGUGCCCAGGGUUAUGAAUACAUUCAGCCUACGAACCUCUUUGAGAAGGCUAUCACCACGACGCUACUACUCCGUCCGUACCUCGCUCGUAGUCUUCUGGGAUGGCAGCCGCGUAAGGCCGGAUUGGUCGACCACCUGGAGAUCUAUUAUAAUGCGUGGAAAGCAACGGCUGGGUCUGCGACAGUUUCGUCAGAUUUCAUCCGUUGA